AUGCCCGACGCCAACCUCGAGUACUUUCCGCACAUUGUGGACCUAAUCUUCCGCCACAUACCAGCGUGGGACCUCCACAUAGCGAGCCAGGUGUGCUCUUCCUGGCGGUCGAGGGCCGAGGCAGCGUACGUGAGGCACCUCAGUGCCAAGCCCGACGGCAGGGUCUGGGAACUCUCGAUCCCAGCCGACUUCUUCUUCAGCCACGAACUGCAAUACUAUCUCCCGUUUCCGGCGCCUAGGCCGAGACCUAGGCCGAGGAGAACAUGCCCGCGUCUAUGGCGAGAUGACGAGCCAUACACCGACCAUCUGCGCCCGCUCGCCCCAGAGCUUCUGCGCCACGUGCAAGUCCUCGACGUCUACUUCUAUGACCUUGAAGUUGCCGAGGAGGAGAAAACGUACGCCCUCUUCCUGGACCGAUUCCCAAACCUCAGCGUAAUGCGGGCGCAGGCGCGGUGCAACUUCCCCAUCCGCGGGCGGGGCAGGACGCAAGUCUUCUUCGCUAUAUGGGAAGAAUGCCUCGACACGCGGCUCUGUACCUCUGACGCUGAGACGCUGGGGCUCAACUUCUGGGGUCGGACGUACAACGACGUCCUGGACGAGGGGAAUCCGAUCCAGGCUUUUGUCUCUGAGCAAAUCCUGCUAGAGGGUUGUGUGGAGGUGGUGUUCGUCCUUGACAAGGACAUGGCGGAGGGAGGCGGCGCAGGCGGCGCAGGCGGCGCUGGUGGAAUCGCCGGGGGCGGGGGGUGGUGUCAUGCCGACCCGGGGUGA